CGCGAAGUUGCAGUCUCUUCGUCUUUCUAUUGACUCUCUUCCAAUCAGCAAACACGCCAUGACCCUCUAUUUAACCGCCACCGCAAUUCCCGCUCGCGCCGCCCUCCUCCGCCGCCGUUAAUGCAUCCCUUCUGCUGCGUCUCCGCCGUCUCCGACCACUCCUCCCCCUUCGCCAUGCCGCCUCUCCCGCCCGCCGCCGCCGCCGCCAGAUCCGACUCCGCUCCCCGACACGGCCAACUCCAGCACUGCAUCGCCAACGGCAGCCUCCCGCCGGCGCCGGCCGCGGUGGACGUGAGGAUCAACGACCUCGUGGGGAACGGAAUCUCCGGGAUUCUGCACAAGUGGGUGAACUACGGGAAGGGGUGGAGGCCGCGCUGGUUCGUGCUCCAAGACGGCGUUCUCUCCUACUACAAAAUCCACGGACCCGAUAAGAUCGUCGUGAACUCCGAAACCGAGAAAGGAUCCAAGGUCAUUGGCGAGGAAUCCGUGCGCAUCAUUUCGCGCAACCGGAAUUCCAGCCACGUCAACCAUCGCCGGAACCCUGUCGGCGAAAUCCAUCUCAAGGUUUCGACAAUUCGUGAGAGCAGAUCGGAUGACAAGCGGUUUUCUGUUUUCACUGGGACUAAGAGACUUCACUUGAGGGUUGAGGCUCGCGAGGAUCGAGUGGCGUGGAUGGAGGCCUUGCAGGCUGUGAAAGAUAUGUUUCCUCGGAUUUCCAACAGCGAGCUGAUGGCACCGGUGGACAAUGUGGCUGUUUCGACUGACAAACUGAGGCAUCGGCUUAUGGAGGAGGGUGUUAGUGAGGCAGCCAUUCAAGACAGUGAGCAAAUUAUGAGAAAUGAGUAUGCUGCACUGCAGAACCAGCUUCUGCUGCUUAAGCAGAAGCAGGUGACGCUAAUCGACACUUUGCGGCAAUUAGAGACAGAAAAGGUUGAUCUGGAGAACACUGUUGUUGAUGAGAGCCAAAGACAGUUGAAUGAUCAAGAGGCUUCCUCUAGAUUAAGGCAGGAAAAAUCUAGUGCAAGUGCAAGUGAGUCUGAUGAUGAUAAUGAGAGAAAUGAUGCAGCAGAGGAAGAGACAGACGACGAUGACACUGCCUUUUUUGACACUCGUGAUUUUCUAUCAUCAUCCAAUUCUUUUAAAAGUAACGGAUCUGAUUUUAGGGCCUCAUCUUUCUCUUCAGAGGAUGAAGGACUCUAUGCAGUUGAAUCAGAGGAGGAUGUUGAUCCUUCAAUUAGAUCUGUUGGAACCAACUAUCCGUAUGUUAAGCGUCGUAAGAAAUUGCCUGACCCUGUUGAAAAGGAGAAAGGUGUCAGUCUUUGGUCAAUGAUUAAGGAUAACAUUGGGAAGGAUCUAACCAAAGUUUGCCUUCCUGUUUAUUUUAACGAGCCUCUCUCCUCCCUGCAAAAAUGUUGUGAAGAAAUGGAGUAUUCAUAUCUUCUGGACCGAGCAUAUGAGUGGGGAAGGAGGGGUAAUAGCCUCAUGAGGAUUCUCAAUGUUGCUGCUUUUGCUGUAUCUGCCUAUGCUUCAACUGAAGGGAGAAUUUGCAAACCUUUUAAUCCCUUACUAGGGGAAACAUAUGAGGCUGACUUUCCUGAUAAAGGCUUUCGAUUUUUCUCAGAGAAGGUCAGUCAUCACCCAAUGAUAGUCGCAUGUCACUGUGAGGGUACAGGUUGGAAAUUUUGGGGGGAUAGCAACUUAAAGAGUAAAUUUUGGGGUCGGUCAAUUCAGCUUGAUCCUGUCGGCAUUUUGACUCUGGAAUUUGAUGAUGGUGAAGUAUUUCAGUGGAGUAAGGUUACUACAUCAAUAUACAAUCUUAUAUUGGGAAAACUGUACUGUGAUCAUUAUGGUACAAUGCGUAUACAGGGAAAUCGAGACUACUCAUGUAAACUGAAAUUCAAGGAACAAUCUAUAAUUGAUCGAAAUCCUCAUCAGGUUCAUGGUAUUGUUCAGGAUAGAAAUGGGAAAACAUUGUCUACAUUACUUGGAAAAUGGGACGACAGCAUGUAUUAUAUUAAUGGAGACUAUAGUGGGAAGGGGAAAGGUUAUGAAUCGAUGUCAGAUACCCAUCUACUAUGGAAGCGUAGCAAGCCUCCCAAGUUUCCCACUAGAUAUAACUUCACUCGGUUUGCCAUCACAUUAAAUGAACUUACCCCUGGAUUAAAGGAAAAGCUGCCACCUACUGAUUCCAGGUUAAGACCAGACCAAAGGCAUUUGGAAAAUGGGGAGUAUGAGAUGGCAAAUUCAGAAAAGUUGCGGUUAGAACAACGGCAACGCCAGGCUCGGAAAAUGCAAGAGAGUGGUUGGGAACCACGGUGGUUUGCGAGGGAUAAAGCAAGUGGCACCUACCACUACCUAGGAGGGUAUUGGGAGGCCCGAAAUCAAGGAAACUGGAACUCCUGUCCUGACAUUUUUGGCCAGAUUCCUUCUGAUCAUCUCUCAGACGAAGGUCAAUAAUAGUCCUUAUAAUUUUUCAAUUCUUUUACUAUUGGGAAUCUUAUGACUUCUGUAGAUCGUAGUUAAGGUUCCCCCCAUAAAAUUAUGAUAGUCAAUCAUUUGAAAAUAUCAGCAGGCAAUAAUAUAAUUCUUUUUCUUUUCU